UUGCAGUAUCCGAAUCUGAAGUAUCACUGCGGAGGUUCGCUGUCGCUAUCUGCUCUGUAGUUAAUUGGUGAUUCUGAUGAAUCAGUUGAUUUGUCAUUUUGAUAGUACAUAAUAGAACGACAGCAACAGAAUCGCGAAAACGAAAUUCAAAUUGUUCGGCCUCUCGCUGUUGUCUUCGAUUCGACGAAAAUGAACAGGCUGUUCGGACGUGCAAAACCUAAAGAACCACCACCGAGCUUGACAGAUUGCAUCGCUGGAGUUGACAGCAGAGCAGACUCGGCGGAGAAAAAGAUCGCGAAAUUAGAUGCGGAACUGAAGAAAUACAAAGACCAGUUGGUCUCGAUGAGAGAAGGUCCCGCGAAGAACGCGGUCAAAGCCAAGGCGAUGCGUGUUCUGAAGCAACGGAAAAUGUACGAGUCGCAAGUCGACAAUUUGCGUCAACAGGCGUUUAAUAUGGAACAAGCGAACUACGCGACGCAAACUUUGAAAGACACCCAAGCGACCGUGGUAGCCAUGAAAGACGGUGUCAAACAGAUGCAGAAGGAAUUCAAAAACAUUAAUAUAGAUAAUAUCGAGGACAUGCAAGACGACCUGGCCGACAUGCUGGAACAAGCGGACGAGGUGCAGGAGGCGAUGGGUCGCAGUUAUGGUAUGCCGGACAUAGACGAGGACGAGCUCACCGCGGAACUCGAAGCUCUCGGGGAUGAUUUGGCUAUAGAUCAAGACACCAGUUACUUGGACGACGCUAUAAAAGCACCUACCGCCCCCGAUAAAGAGCCCGGCGCCAGUUCGGUUAGAAAUAAGGACGGUGUACUGGUCGAUGAAUUUGGUUUACCGCAGAUAACUGCUAGUUAAAUCGGCACCAACCAACAACAACAACAACGUAACGUUGCGACAGUCGUUACGUUCCGGCAAGAUUUUGAAAGCUUUUCAACGAAUUCGCGUACGUAAAAUGAUGCCUAUGCGCAAACGUAACGUUUCAAAGUUACCGGUAAGAAAUUCCGCGAGCUAUCAUGUUAAGGAUUAAUAUAAUUUUGUUAUUGUCGGUAGACAAUUUAUUGUUUUCAUUAAGAGACAUCUUUGCGUUGCACACACACACAUGCAUAUACACACAUAUUCGUAAUCUUAAUCGUUUCGUUAUUGCCACGCUAAAACGUAAUUAAAUUACCUGUAGCCUAGACACAUCGAAUUGCUUUUGAUUUUCUAAUUCGGUGUACUGUGUAAUCAAAUUUGUAAUCGACUCCUUACUGUUGAGAAAAUCUGCUUCUUCGAAACCUUGCACUCGUGUGUAAUGAUGUACAUGAGCCUGUAAUAUAAUUCCAUGAUUACAUGAUUGUUUAAAGAAAA